ACGUCUCCUACGUAAACCCCUCCGUCAAAGGCAAAUUCACCCCUUCGCUGUUCGCGUUACGUUUGCCUUCAGAUCUUCAGGCAUAACCUCCCUCUCGUAACCUCUGAUUUGGUGAAUUGGUGAUUAGGGUUUUAGUCGAUCUAAUCUUCUAUUGAAGUUUGGCUUUUUCAGAUCGAAAUCCGCCGGAUCACUGGACCCCGGUCGGAAUUCAUUUCUCACGGUAUUGAAUUACCGCAUUCCAGGAUUUUGAAUGAUCUGAGCUACGGAGAUCUAGGUGUUUAAUUUGGUUUUUGAUCGUUGAGAGUCAUGGCAGCUCCAGGUGGACUGAGACCGGGGAAUGCACCCCCGAAUUAUAAUCCCAACUCACUUGCUGAUAAUAUGCAAAACCUUCAAAUCAAUAGACCUAAUCAGCCCCCUUCAAAUCCCACCAGUGUGCCAAGGCCUAGCUCAGGUUUUGGUCAGCAGCCUCCCCAUAGCUCACCAUUUGGACAACAGCCACCCACUUUUGCUACGGGUCCUCCGGUAGGCCGUCCGGGCCCACCCCCACCUGGUGUAUUACCAAGGGGUAUGACUCCUCCAGGUGUUGUGCCACAAAAUGCAAUGCCCCCUAAUGCGGCUAUUAGACCAACAGGUCCUCCUAUGGGUCAGACUCCUCCACCUUUUGCAGCUAGACCUCCACCUGGUUCACUGCCUUCUUCUAUUGGCGGUCCUUCUGUUCCUCCACCUCCUGGCACUUUGCCUUCAUCAACUCCAGGUCCUCAACAGGGCCCUUUUAUGGCCUCCCCAUUUGCAUCAGGUUCUAUUGCACCGCCAUCAAGCAUGCCAACUGCAAGUAGUAAUGGGCCACCCAUGCUUGGGUCAGGGCCAAUGCAGAGUGGACCACGAUUUCCUCCUGCAUCCGGCAUGGUGCGGCCACCAGUUGGAGCUCCACCAUCAGCUAUGAUGUCGUCUGGAACUCCUUCCCAGUUUCCAAGCAUGCGGUCUCCCUUUGGAAGUCCACCUCCCACCGCACCAGUUACAUCACAACCCCCAAUUCCAUUUUCAGCACCACCUCCUUCAGUUCCCUCACCAUUUGCAGCACCGGUUCAAGGCACAACUCCGCCGUCACCCUACAGCAUGCACACAUUGCAAACACAAUCCCAUCAGGUGGCUCCACCUGGUUCCAUGCAACCUCCAAGGAUGUAUGGAAUUCCGCCUCCACUUCAAAGUCAAUCAGUGGCUUCUAUAGCACCUCCUCUAAGUCACACUGGUGCUUCUGUGACGGGACCAUCAAAAAUUGAUCCCAACCAAAUUCCUCGGCCAAUUCCAGGUUCUUCUGUGAUUCUCCAUGAAACUCGUCAAGACAACCAAGCCAACCCCCCUCCGCCUGCUACAAGUGACUAUAUUGUCAGGGAUACUGGAAAUUGCAGUCCACGCUACAUGAGGUGUACUAUUAAUCAGAUUCCAUGUACUUUUGAUCUUUUGACAACAUCUGCGAUGCAGUUGGCUCUGUUAGUCCAGCCCUUGGCUCUUCCGCAUCCAUCUGAAGAGCCGAUUCAAGUUAUUGAUUUUGGAGAAAGUGGUCCUGUUAGGUGCUCUCGUUGCAAGGGCUACAUAAACCCUUUCAUGAAGUUUAUUGAUCAGGGAAGGCGUUUCAUCUGCAACUUGUGUGGAUAUACGGAUGAGACUCCUCGAGACUAUCAUUGCAACUUGGGUCCUGAUGGCAGGCGUAGAGAUGCUGAUGAAAGGCCAGAGCUAUGCCGAGGAACUGUGGAAUUCAUUGCUUCCAAGGAGUACAUGGUCAGAGAUCCAAUGCCUGCCGUAUAUUUUUUCCUUAUUGAUGUAUCCAUGAAUGCAAUACAGACAGGUGCAACUGCAGCUGCUUGCAGUGCAAUCAGCCAAGUCAUCUCUGAUCUUCCUGAAGGUCCUCGAACUUUUGUUGGCAUUGCUACAUUUGACUCGACCAUUCACUUCUACAAUCUAAAGCGUGCCUUGCAGCAGCCACUGAUGCUAAUAGUCCCUGAUGUGCAAGAUGUCUACACUCCCCUUCAAACUGAUGUUAUUGUUCAACUCUCUGAGUGCCGCCAACAUCUGGAUCUUCUCCUGGAGAACAUCCCUACAAUGUUUCAAAACAACAGGACUGCCGAUUCAUCUUUUGGUGCUGCAAUCAAGGCUGCUUUCUUGGCAAUGAAAAGUACUGGGGGUAAACUUCUUGUAUUUCAAUCAGUUUUGCCAUCUAUUGGCUUAGGAGCUCUUUCUGCUAGAGAAGCUGAAGGAAGGACCAAUAUAUCUGCUGGGGAAAAGGAGACUCACAAGUUACUGCAACCGGCGGACAAAAUUUUGAAAACUAUGGCUAUUGAGUUUGCUGAAUAUCAGGUCUGUGUUGAUGUGUUUCUUACCACACAAACAUAUGUCGACAUUGCUUCCAUCUCUGUCAUCCCAAGAACAACUGGUGGCCAGGUAUAUUAUUAUUACCCUUUCUCUGCUCUUUCUGACCCUGCCAAACUUUACAAUGAUCUUCGCUGGAAUAUUACACGGCCACAAGGAUUUGAGGCUGUAAUGCGUGUGAGAUGCAGCCAGGGAAUCCAAGUCCAAGAGUAUAAUGGAAACUUUUGUAAACGCAUUCCUACUGAUGUUGAUCUACCUGCGGUUGACUGUGACAAGACAAUUAUGGUAACCUUGAAACAUGAUGAGAAAUUGCAAGAUGCUUCUGAAUGUGCUUUUCAGUGUGCUCUUCUUUACACUACUAUUGAUGGGCAAAGAAGAAUACGCGUUUCCACAUUGUCUCUACCAUGCACCACUAUGCUGAGUAACCUGUUUCGGUCAGCUGACUUAGAUACCCAGUUUGCUUGUAUCUUGAAACAAGCGGCUAAUGAAGUUCCUAUUGCACCACUGUCACAAAUCCGUGAACAAGUAACUACCCAGUGUAUCAACAUUCUGUAUUCCUAUCGCAAAUACUGUGCUACCGUGUCAUCGUCAGGGCAACUUAUUCUUCCUGAGGCACUAAAACUGUUGCCUUUAUAUACUCUUGCUUUGGUGAAAAGCACUGGAUUGAGAACUGAUGGUCGUAUAGACGAUAGAUCAUUUUGGAUCAAUUAUGUCUCUCCUCUCUCUGCUCCACUUGCAAUUCCAUUUGUGUCUCCUAGAAUGAUAGCCAUUCAUGAGCUCAACUCGAAGGAGGCUGAUGGGCUUCUUAUUCCACCUUCUAUCCCACUUUCUAGUGAGCAUAUCAGUGACUCUGGGAUAUAUCUUCUUGAGAAUGGUGAGGAUUGUUUAAUUUAUGUUGGGAGCUCUGCGGAUCCUGAUAUCAUGCGCCAAUUGUUAGGCAUUUCUUCUGUUGAUGAAAUUCCUGCUCAGUUUGUGCUGCAACAACAUGACAAUCCGUUGUCAAAGAAGCUUAAUGAAAUCAUUAAUGACAUUAGGCGCCUAAGGUGUAACUACCUCCGCUUGAAAUUAUGCAAAAAAGGAGAUUCAUCAGGAAUGUUAUUUUUCUCGUACAUGGUGGAAGACAAGACUCCCGCUGGACUUUCAUAUGUCGAGUUCCUGAUACAUAUUCAUCGGCAAAUUCAAAGUAAAAUGGCUUGAAAAUCAGUCCAGACCCCAUGGUGAGGGGGCCAUGGUGAGGGGGCACUGUUGGAUUCUAAUUAUGGAUAGAUGGACCUAUGAGUGACCAAAGUCAUUUUUAUUUUUGUUUUAGGCCGGCACAUUUUUGUCAUGAGACUGUAAAACUAGAUUUUGUUUUCUGAUAGGCAAAUAUAAAAUUGAAAUGUAUAAACAAAUCGCUUAGAUUACAUCUGUUGCAUGCUACAAACAAUUUAUGAGGCUCUAAUGGAUUGUUCUUCAGUGCUUUGACAUUGAGAGUUGGUCUUAA